GGUUUAUUUAAGUAAAUAAAUCUCCAAGCUUCAUUGCAAUUUCAUUCCUCCAAUUUUCCAGGUCUACUGUUUUGUCCUACAAAGCUGUGUCUCCAAGAAGUUCAUUACGGGAUGUGUAGUACUUUUCCCAUAGCUAUGACAUUCUUUAUUACAUGGUGGCUUAUUCCAUUUGUUGAUGGUUUCUUUAGUCCAAUAGAUGCACAGCUUGGCAUUGACAUAUUUGGACUUGGAUUUGUCACAUCUCUAGUGUUUGUGUUCUUUGUUGGUGUUUUUUUUUCAUCAUGGAUAGGUUCCACCAUCUUCUGGCUUGGGGAAUGGUUUAUAAAGCGAAUGCCCUUUGUGAAGCAUUUAUUUUCAGCCUCCAAACAAAUUAGUGCUGCAAUUUCUUCAGAUCAGAAUACCACAGCUUUCAAAGAGGUGGCAAUCAUUCAUCAUCCUCGUGUAGGUGAAUAUGCUUUUGGUUUCAUCACAUCAACAGUAAUCCUCCAGAGAGAUAAUGAAGAUGAAGAGUUGUGUAGUGUUUUUGUUCCUACAAACCAUCUAUAUAUUGGUGAUGUAUUCCUGGUGAAUUCCAAGGACAUUAUAAGACCAAAUCUGUCAAUUCGAGAAGGAAUAGAGAUCAUUGUUUCUGGAGGGAUGACAAUGCCACAGAUGAUCUCCCCGGUGGAACGGGUUGUUCACCAAAAUGAAGGAAUCCCUUUGAACAGGAUGGUGUAAUGGCAUCAAGCAAGAAGUAAACCCUUUAACUACAUUCAAAUCCCACAUAAAAUGACCACGGAGAGUUUAUUCUUAUGACAACCGAGUCAAUUGAUUUGUUGCUUGUUGCAGUAAAGCCUUCGAGAAUGCACAACUAUGGUGUCGACUUGAAUCUGUAACUACUAUUGUUUAUGGUGUCCCUGCGGCUGUUUUCACCAUACGAAGGAAGUUGUAAGGGAGCCCUGGCCAUAAACUGUAAUUGUCAGUAGCCCCUGUCAUUCAUGGAUUUUUUAUAAUUAUAUAUCUGUUUAAGUUUUUUCUUA